AAGAUGGAUGUUGCGGAUGGUGGGCGUCACUUGUUAGCAGGAAGGUCCCGUCCUCUAUAGUUGUGUGUUGAUAUGGCGUGCACGAGGCAGUAGAAACUCGCCCACAAAAUGGACUAAAUAAGACGAGUUUCACCAAUCAACACACAACUAUUAAGCAAGGGGGUGUGGAGGCUGCGGCGAUGCUCAAAGUGGGCAGCAAGUUUUAUACAUUUGAUGAGCUAAGCAGUCGUUUGGAGGAAUUUCAAGACCUCGAACAAGUUCAGCUUUGGGUUCGGGACUCCAGAACUGUGGUAGCUGCUGCCAAGAGGGCUCGCCGCAAGUCCCUCAACCCAGCCCUUAAGUAUGCCGAGCUGACCUACUCCUGUGUCUUUGGAGGGCGGAGACCAUCUGACCAAACAAAAAUACACAAUCAAACAUCAGCAGGAGGUUGCCCAUUUAAGGUUCGACUAUCAACGUCCAUUGAUGGUCAAGCUCUAGUUGUCAAAGAAAUAUGUCAUGAACAUAAUCAUGAACCGGGGAAAAAAUUGCAUGAGGAGCCACGGCGUUUGUACAAAAAGACUCCAAACCGCACAGCAGUGCGAAAACCCGUCCGAUAUAUUGUGAACAAACAACGUGUUACGAGUGGAACAAACAAGGCCAAAAGUCGUCUAGACCACACUGAGUCUCAUGUCCAGCUGGGUCAGUCACCUUUCCACCAUCUGCAACUUCACCAGCAACAAUACCAGCAGCAACAACAGUUGAAGCUGCAGUUGCAACAGCACCUCCAACAGCAACAACAACAACAGCAACAGUUGCGACAGAAGCAAGCUGAGGUGAUCCAGUUGGACUCCCCGGACCACAUUGACACACCAGAGCACCUGAGUUCUCCCGAUCUCUCCAUCACCUAUGAUCAGCUGGGUUCACUCAACAACUCCGUCGAUCAGUACACGUACCUGCCACCCUCACCAAUCUCUCCGAGCCUGUCUAGUGGUUGUCCAGUUGACUGUGAAGAAGAAGAACGGUUGGAGCCUAUUUUGGAUUUAGAGGAGGCCUUGGAGGAAGCCCUGGGUGACCUUGACAGUGUGGGCAGUAUGGAGGUGGACGCCAACCUGCGACUAACCUGCUCGGGGAGCACCACCUCUAGCUUGGUAUCUCAGUCUGAGGCAGGAGCAGCAGAUGACCCCACAUGUCCUCUUCCGGCCAGAAGGCAAAGGGGACGUCCCAGGAAGCAGUCAUUUACAGGAAGUACGUUUGAUAAUAGUGUGGACAUUCCAGAUCUUGAUUUCAGUCUGAGCGACUUGAUGGACUUUGACGUCUACCUGUUCUAGCCUCGUGAUGAUGGUGAGAGGAAGUGUCACCUGUAGCUACAAAGUCUGAGUUCAAACUUGUACAGUUGCCCCUUGUAUGAACUGGACUUCAUAAUAGUUGAUCAAAGCGUAGUAAAGUCUUGUACCUUUUCUUUUGUAAAUCUUUCCUUCUAUUCUGUUUUAUAUCAGUUUUUAUGGAACUGAGCUUGAGUUAACAAGGUUUCACUCUAGGGUCAUGGCUAUAAUUUUAGUUCUGGUUCCAUGGUAGUAAUUUAAUCAAGAGAAAUGUCACUUGUAAAAUUGCACAUGAAAAAUGAGAUGGUUCAAAGAAAUACAACCACAAAGCUUUA